CUCUAGUACAGAGUCUGGCCACCAAGAUCGCGGUUGUUUAGAAAUGGACGUCCGCGCUGGCUCUUCAAACGUUGUGUCGUUCGAGGACAGCGUGUAUUUGUCGGACGACGAAGUGAGGAGCGAACUACGCAAACACGGUUACGGCGAGGUACCCUACUCGGUUCUCCAGCAGUUCAAACGUGAUUUCCAACGACGUAUUCGUGAGGAAAUUAGCAAGCAGGUCAGCACGUCAACGCCUCUUCUAAACGGUGCUCAACAUGCCAGCGCCCAACUGAAAGGCUCAGCUCUCGGUGCAAAGCAAGCUCGUUACAAGUCGUCAUCUCUCUUUGAGAGCGUCUCGUAUUCGUCCUGCUACUCCUCGCCUUACUAUGAAGACCGCCGCACCAACAGCCGCAGUAAAUCGGGGAGCGACGUGGCUACAUGCAAACCACAACCACAACCUUCACGAAAAGUCGCUCCUGCUCUGCGGAAUAACAGAAAGCAGGAUGCGAGUUCGUCCUGCUAUUCAACGCCCGCUGCUUCGUCCUCCGAACAAACGACCGACUCGAGCAAGGGCAGCGAUCACUCUGGGGAGGAACCUGUCCCACGUGUACUGCAUCGAAAAGUGCUGAGAUGCUUUAACGGGCAUGCCUACAUCUCGGAGCGGUCAACGUUGAGCUCGGACUCUCGAGAUCUUGCAGGCAGUGUGCUGGAGAGCUUCAAGGAAAACUAUUCACACUUGGAUGGCGCUCUGGCGAAGAAGUCAGCCUCAUUACCCCCCUUGAAGGCAGAACCCUUUCAGAAAGAUCGCAUCAAGCCACCGAAGGCAACCAUGCUCUCAUUGCUCAAGGUUUCGGGCACGAAGGUCAUGUGGAACAGAGGGCCGCACAAGUGCGACCCUGUGACCCGGUACCACGAGUACAAGGCCUUCUGGGAGCGUCACAAGGCACCUGGUGAAAAGGCCCACAAGCAGCUCAGGUGGAAUGUGCGGGCGCAGAUGUUACGACGGGACGACGUCGUGGCGUGUUCCUGGAGGCCAGCUAUCACAAAAGAACCACCUGCCACACGGCCGAGAUGAGGCGCAAUCUACAUAAUCUUACUUCUUAGGGCACUAAGACUCAUCAUUUUUUACGUCAUUUUCGAGGCACAAACUGUACAUAUCGCAUUUUUAGUGUGGUUGUCAGAAUGUAUGUGCUAACGGAAUCUUAACAUUCAGCUGCAGAUGUCUUAAUGCACCGUGUAGUAGCUAUUCAAGAACAAGAAAAUUGAACAUAGACAUGCCUUCUCUCUAGAUUGAUCAAUUUGCGAAAUGUUUCAUGCACGAGUAAAUGAAAUUAAUGUGUCUA